AUGGGAGAUAGUGAGAUUAAUGAAACUGGAGACCAUAUUUUGAGUCUGAAGGAUGAUAAUUCAAACAUGUGUGUUUACAUAGCUUUUGCUCAGAAGUUACUUGCAGAGUUUUUGGGUACAUAUUUCUUGAUUUUUGCUGGGUGUGGUUCAGUGGCUGUGAAUUUGAACUUCGACAAAGUGGUAACAUUUCCAGGCAUUUGUAUAACUUGGGGACUAGUUGUCAUGGUCCUCAUCUACACCGUUGGUCACAUCUCCGGCGCCCAUUUUAACCCCGCCGUUACUAUUGCUUUUGCCUCCGCGAGCAGAUUUCCAUUAAGACAGGUACCAGCUUAUAUAGUUGCUCAAGUUUUGGGAUCAACCCUAGCAAGUGGCACCCUUAGGCUGAUGUUUACUGGGAAAGAAGACCACUUUCUUGGGACAAUGCCGGCAGGCUCCAACAUGCAGUCCUUUGUGAUUGAGUUUAUUAUCACUUUUUACCUUUUGUUUGCUGUUUCUGGUGUUGCCACUGAUGAUAGAGCGAUUGGUCAACUUGCUGGGAUUGCCAUCGGUGCUACUGUUCUAUUAAACGUGUUGGUAGCAGGGCCCAUUUCUGGAGCAUCUAUGAACCCAGCAAGAAGCUUAGGCCCAGCAAUUGUAUGGGGCCAUUUUAAAGGAAUAUGGAUUUAUCUCAUAUCACCAACUCUUGGGGCCAUAAGUGGUGUUUGGGCCUAUAACUUGAUUAGGUUUACUCCUAAGCCUGUUAAGGUUAUCACCAAAACCAAAUCCUUUCUCAAAACUCCUCCACAAAAAUAAUCAA